AUGCGGGUUCUCACUUGGGCGGCACUUUGCGCGGUGGGCUACGCCUCACAAACGGUCCUCCGACCGGAGUCCGACUUCACCACUUUCCAGAACCCCAACUCACCCCACUCAAUUCGCAUCCAGCGACAAAAUGACUCACUGUGCGAUGCGGGAUCGGCGCAGUAUACCGGAUGGCUCGAUAUCGGACCUAAGCAUUUAUUCUUCUGGUUUUUCGAAAGCCAAAACGACCCGAUCGGCGACCCACUUACGUUGUGGAUGAAUGGCGGGCCCGGAAGUUCGAGCAUGUUGGGCUUGUUGAUGGAGAAUGGACCGUGCUUGAUUAAUGAGUAUGGCAACGGGACGGUGCAUAAUCCUUGGGGCUGGUCGAGAAACUCAUCGUUGCUUUACGUUGAUCAGCCGGCUGCGGUGGGCUUCUCGUAUGUUGACGAGGGCGUGGAGGUCCCGCGGGACUCUCCCGAGGCCGCGGUGGAUAUGCACCGGUUCCUGCAGAUCUUCACUUCUGAGGUCUUCCCGUAUCUUCACUCGGUGCCUUUCCACAUUUCGGGAGAAUCCUAUGGGGGACAAUACAUUCCUUAUCUCGGAGCCGAAAUUUUAACUCAGAACGCACUAUUCCCAUCAGAACCUCAGAUCAAUUUGAAGUCAUGCUUGGUGGGAAAUGGGUACAUGUCGCCCAAGGACGUCGCAUUUGGAUACUGGGAAACCCUUUGCACCACCAAUCCAGGGGUAGAAACACCCGUGUUCAACAAGACGCGAUGUGAUAUCAUUGCGGCGAACAUGCCGCGCUGCAUGAGUGUUCACGAUACUUGCAGAAGCAACCCGGAUGUAGACAUUUGCAACGCCGCAGGCAAAGUCUGCUAUGACGGAGUUGUGGGAUUCUACGAGGAUGAGAGUAGCUACGAAGGAGGCCGCAAUCGUUACGACGUGACUGCACCGUGCGAUGUCGAAGGCUUCUGCUACCAAUCAGCAGCUUCCGUGAAGAAGUACCUCAAUUCACCGGCAGUUCGGGAAGCGCUCUCCACACCAGCGCAAGUCAAGGAAUUCACUCUUGAAUCUCAGGCUGUGGUUGAUGCGUUCGGCACCACCCCGGAAGCCAUGACCACUUCGUCGAACGAAGUCCUAAUGCUACUCGCGAGUGGCGUGCAUUUCCUGGCCUACCAGGGAAAUCUGGACCUAGCCUGCAACACGGCGGGAACCCUCCGCUGGGCCAACGCGCUUCCGUGGAAAGGGCAGACCGAGUUUGCGUCAAAGUCGCUGGUUCCCUGGAAUUCCAAUGUGGAUGGGCAGAACAAGACGGUCGGAACGACAAAGGAAGUUCAGAUCAAGUUAGAUGGCCAAGCUGAGGCAUCGCGCUUUGCAUUUGUGACAAUCGAUGGUGCUGGUCAUCUUGUUCCUCAAGAUCAACCUGAGGUCGCGUUCGAUCUCUUGACGCGGUGGCUCACGGGCGCAUCCUUUGCCAGCUCCUGA